AUGGGUUACUAUGACUAUUAUUAUUACCCAUAUCCAAGAAGAUCUCCAUCUAUUUGUGAUGGUCUAACAUUAAGACCUCUUCCUUACCCAGUUAUUCUAAUUCUCAUGAUUAUAUCUAUUUUUCUAGCCUUUAAAUUCUACUUUGUAUCGAUAGAAGUGACUGAAGCUUUUGAGUUUGAAAUAAACUUGCUACUAAUAGCUACCCCUUUGAUCAUCAUUUUCGCCGUUCAAUUGCUUUCGGCAAGGCAGGCUCGAUGCUGUUGGUCUCAUGGUGGGUAUCCCCCUGCUAAGUGCUGGUGCUACGAGUGUCGUUCUCGUGCUGUCGCUCCGCCACCGUACUUCCGGGUUUAUUAGUUGGUUCACUUCAUAAGGUAUUUGUACACUAUACUAUAUAUUUGUUCCUUGUAUAGGCUUGAACCAUGAAACCUACAUGUUAUACGUACAUAUCAUAUAUUGGGUUAUAGAAGUACUUAAUAUUGUUUGUAAUACAAAACUUACUUGUGUCUACUUAAUUCUAAUAAAUUAUUAGCUUGAACUUAUGAA